AUGAAACUUCGUAAACGAAAUAACAGGACUGCUAAGGAUUCUUUUUUCGGUGUUGUAGGCUUUGCAUGCAGGUACUAUAAAAUGCCACCAAAGAGUCAAUACUGGAAAUAUUUUGAAAAAAUAAAUGAUACUAGCGCCAAAUGUCGUUCCUGUGGAAAAAUUUUAAAAACUGCUGGUAACACUACCAAUUUGAAAUGUCAUUUAGAUAAAAAACAUCCGAAUUUAAUGCCCAAGUAUGAACCUAUGAGAAGUACAUCAUCCUCAACUCCAAUAACUUUUAAAGAACCUAGUGUUGUGCCUUCAACUAGUACUGCUACUAAUGUUACAAUGGAAAUGUCUGAAUCAAGGAGUGAUUGUGAUUCUGAAAAAAGUUACACAGAUAGUGUCAAAAAAUUAUUCUCCCAACCAACUCUAAGCUCUAGCUUUAGUAAAAUAUCUCAAUAUGGUGAUAUGGGCUCAAAGGGAAUUCAGUUGACGAAUAGCAUUUUAUACAUGAUUUGUAAAGACUCACAACCUUUUCAAAUUGUAGAAAAUGAAGGUUUUUUGACUUUAAUGAAAACUGCUCGUCCAUUGUACAAGGUGCCUUCACGAUUCACUUUGAAAAGGAUGUUAGAUACCAAAUAUGACAUUAUUAGAGAACACUUCAAAGGGAAACUUCAAAACGGAGUUUAUGAUUUAACGCAAUCUCAUACUGCGGAAUAUAUAGCGAAUAUAUUAUUGAAGACCUGUAACGAAUGGAAUAUUAAAAAAAAAAAAAUUGUGGCAGUUGUCACUGAUGCUGGCGCCAAUAUUGUUAAAGCAAUAGAAAUUGCGUUUGGUAGAAGUCGUCAUAUACACUGCUAUGCCCAUAUGUUGAAUUUGGUGGCACAAAAAUCCAUCGAUAAAACGCCUAAUUUGCCUGACCUAAUAGCUGCAGUUAAAAGAAUUGUAACGUGGUUUAAACAAUGUAUUGCUGCUAGUGAUGAAUUGAGGCGAGAAUCUGAUUUGAAACUGAUACAAGAUGUGUUCACUCGUUGGAACUCAACAUUUUACAUGAUGAAAGAUUUU